UAUUAUUUAAAAUAGCAACACCGGUUCUAAGUGUCAAUAUCUGCUCAAACUUUUUGCGAGGUUAGAUUUUUGUAAAUUAUGAUGAAAUACGUAAAGAAAUAGUAAAAUACGGUUGUUAAAAAGUGUCGUGAACGGAUAUCACACUUCAAGCAUCAAUAUCAUUCGCUGAAAUCAAUUCUCUGUGCAGAAACAUGUAUACAAGACUCAGGCACGCAGGGGGCCUUCAAAGGAGGCUAAAAGGACCCCCAAGCCUCAGAUACAACAGCUCUAGUAUCCUAAAAAAGAAAGAAAAUGUAUCGAAACAAGUUCAAUCGGGCAAAACGAUGCACGGGUUCCUCUGUUCAGAAGUAGAACACAUCAAAGAGUAUAAUCUCACAGCUUAUUUCCUAACACAUGAGAAAACCAAGACCGAAUACUUGCAUUUAGAAAGAGAUGACUCAAACAACGUCUUUUCUGUCGGGUUCCGGACCACACCACUCGAUUCUAUGGGCACACCACACAUAUUGGAACACACAGUGCUGUGUGGCUCAGAGAAAUACCCAGUACGCGAUCCGUUUUUCAAAAUGCUCAACAGAUCUUUGGCGACUUAUAUGAAUGCGUUGACAGGCCCAGAUUACACAUUUUACCCGUUCUCCUCACAAAAUGAAGUGGAUUAUAGGAAUCUGCAAAAAGUGUAUUUGGACGCUGUUUUCAAACCUAAUUUAUCCAGGCUAGACUUCCUUCAAGAAGGCUGGAGGCUAGAGCAUGGAAAAGUCGAAGACAAAAAGUCGGAACUGACGUUCAAAGGAGUGGUGUACAAUGAAAUGAAAGGUGCAUUCUCGGAAACCAGUUCUCUAUUUGGUCAGAAGUUCAUAAACGCAAUUCUUCCCAAAGGAACGUACGGUUACGUCUCUGGCGGCGAUCCGUUGCACAUUCCAGAGUUGACUCACGAGUAUUUGAAAAACUUCCAUAAAACUUACUACCAUCCGAGCAACGCGAGGAUAUACUCCUAUGGAAACUUCCCCCUUGAAGCCAAUCUCAAGUUCGUGAAUGAGGCGUAUUUGAGCAAAUACGAUUUUCUAGAUCCUCGCGACACAAUCGUGUCUCGACAGGAAAGAUGGAAGACGCCGAAAAAGGCCGAGAUCUCAUGCCGAGUGGACCAAUACGGCGGGGCUAUCGAAAAACAAAACCAAAUCGCGAUCGGUUACGUCAUGUCUGACAUCACAAGCGUAUACGAGACGUUCAUGCUGACAGCAAUGGCUGAACUAAUGAUCAUCGGCCCCAAUUCGGCCUUUUAUAAAAGCCUCAUUGAGAAAAACAUCUCUGGCGGGUACAACUCUUUGACUGGUUACGACAAUCAAAUCAGAGACACCCUAUUUGCUGUUGGUCUAAAAGACGUCGAGAAAAGCAAUUUCGAGAACAUAGAAAAGAUCGCAAAUCAAACUGUCGAAGAAAUAUUCGAAAAAGGUUUCGAAAAAUCGCACAUCGAAAGUGUUCUCCACGGUUUUGAGCUUUCGAUUAAGCAUCAGUCGCCCAAAUUCGGUUUGAACGUCCUUUUCAACCUCAUGCCUCUUUUGAAUCACAAUGGACCUGUCCUCAACGCGUUGAAGGUAAAUGAACUGCUUGAUAAACUGAAGACCGACUUGAUGAACCCGAGUUACGUGAAGGAAGUGAUUGAAAAGUACUUCAUUUUAAACAACCAUAAGCUGAUAAUGACAAUGCAACCCGAUCCCAAAUUCGAUGACAUCUUCAACGAGGCUGAAGCUAAGCUUUUGAAGUCUAAAGUCAAUGACUUAAAACCAGAGCAAAAAGAACAGAUUUACAAAGAUGGCUUGGAACUUUCUAAAGCACAGAAAGAGAACCAGAAUCUGGAUGUUCUGCCGUGCUUGAAGAUUGACGAAAUCACACUGAACAAAACUGCGCCUCCAAUAAAACACACAGCCUCCGAAACGGUGCCGUUACAGCUUUGUGAAGCCAACACAAAUGGAGUAACAUAUUUCAAAGGGGUGUUAGGAACUGAUUGCUUGAACGAGACCCAACGUCAAUUGCUGCCAUUCUUCAACUAUAUCCUCGACAAAUUCGAUACGAAAACUUAUAACUACAGGGACUUUGACAAGCAUGUCAGCAAAACCACUUCUGGGUUGAGUUUUUUAACUCAUAUCACGGAGCAUAUUGACCAACAAGGCCAGUACGAACAGGGCGUUUUAAUCAACAGCCACUGUUUAGACGAAAACUUGCCGAAAAUGUUGGAAAUUUGGAAUGAGAUCUUCAGCAAACCAAACUUCGAAAACAGCGAGCGUAUGAGCAUGUUAUUGAACAACUACUGCUCUUCACUCUCGAAUGGAGUGAUCGACAGUGGGCAUACUUACGCGAUGCAGGCAGCCCGCUCUCUUAUAUCUUCCGUCGACGAGUGCAAAGAAAACUUGCUAGGUCUCCAUCACGUUAUCUCAAUGCAAGAAGUCCAAAAGACACUGAAAAUUGAAGAAAUCCAGAGCCUUGUUGACCAGAUAGGAGAACAAAUUCUCAAAGGGCACAACUUGCGAGCUGCCUUCCAUUAUUGCAACACGAAUAAGGAUAUACACGAGUCCAUCAACAAAUUCUGCGGUCAUUUAUGCAAAGGCGACAGCAACAAGGAACUGAAUCGGAUCAAUUGGACGGAAUGCGCCGAUAUGCCGAAGGAGAACCGAGGAGUCCAUAUCACGAUGAAUAUACCAGUCAACUUCUGUGCUAAAGUGAUUCCUACAGUGCCAUACACAGACCCGGAUUACGCCAAGUUGCGAGUGCUCUCAAGAUUUUUAACGUCGAAAUAUCUUCAUCCGAUCGUUAGAGAGCAAAACGGGGCUUAUGGUGGAGGGGCCAUGUUGACCAUGGAUGGAGUCUUCAACUACUACUCAUACAGAGACCCAAAUUCAAGAGUAACGCUAGACGUUUUCGACGGAACUUCGGAUUGGAUGUCGAAGAAUACUAAGUUGGUUGACGAUCAAAACCUCUUUGAGGCUAAGCUGUCUAUUCUCCAACAAAUGGACCAGCCUGUAGCAGAGUACAUGAAAGGGAUAGAUCUAUUUCUGUAUGGUCUAUCGUACGACAUUUGGAAGACGCAACGUGAGAGAGUAUUGGCUGUGAAAAAGGAAGACCUUAUAGAGGUCUGCGAAAAAUACCUGAAGAAUGACAAGUGGGCUGGAAAAUGCGUUAUAGGGGAAGGGUCUAAGGAUUUGAAAAAAGGUGGAGAAGUGUGGAACACUGUUAGCGGGCCGCAACAGUAAAUUAUUGAGUUUUUAGAGCUCAAAUGUAUGGUUGAAAUUGUGUUGAAUGGGAAUGCUUUAUGACAAGAAAUGCUAGGUUACAAGUAAUUGUUUACGGGAACCCUUGAAAAAAGGUUGGGUUGUAUUUUCCGCAUUUAGUCGCAAGUUAUUUUAUUUCGUUGUGAACUUAAGUAAGUGUGUUUAGAUAAAGAAUGUCCAGUACCUAACAUCUAGAGCCGUCACAAAAAAGUUUUUGAUGUCAUUCAGGCAGCUAUAUUUCCAUAUUCCACAUCCACAUAGCUGCGUAAUAAUUGAUGGUGAUUUCAGAUUGCCAUUAUAAUAUGCAUGACUUUUAGCUCUGCGUUAACUAAAAUACUCUUUCGGGGUUGUACUAUGUUUAAAAUAAGUAACAUUUCCAAAAUUACAAAUAAUAACUA